AAACCCUAAACCCUACACAUCGAGAUCGACCCGCGGUCCCUCUUUCCCUCGUCGUAUACAUAAACCCCUUCUCCAAGUAGACACACUCCGAUUCUCCCACCCCUUACUUCUCCAUUUCUAGAGCUCUUCGUCCCUCUCAGCCCCCAACUUGGGUUGGCGCUGUUGUAAGAGUUCAAGGCAGUGCUCCAUCCUGCAGAACUUAGGGCUCAUUUUCUUUAUGUACGGGAUUUUCGUGUUUUCAUCUGCUUGACGAGAUUGUGGGAUCUCGCCUAUAUUGGAGAAGGAGAUUUUAGAUACCAUUUUAUUGGGGUUGUUUUUGGUGGUUAUCGUUUUCUGUUGAAGAAAAAGAGUGCUCUAUAUCGGAUUCGAAGGAUGCCGCUCGGACAAAGGGUGGGUGAUAAGAGCGACUCUCGAUACUGCGGUAUCGAGACGGAGUUCAGUGAUGACAUGCCUCAAGUUCUCGCGCACAAUAAAUCGGGAGGGUUCGAUUUCGUCCUGGCUCCCCUGAUUGACCCUAGCUACAGACCUAGCCUGUUUGCAAGUGAUGUUAGUAAUGAAUCCCGGCCGCUUCCAUUUUCGGGGUCUGACCUAGUUCUCAGUCCUGCAGAAUGGAGUGGUCAUGUUGUUGGCAAAAUCAGUUCUUGGAUUGACUUGGAUUCUGAAGAUGAAGUUCUUAGGGCUGACUCAGAGAAAACAUUGAAGCAGGAAAUCUCAUGGGCUUCCCACCUCUCUCUGCAGGCUUGCUUGCUUCCUUGCCCGCGAGGACCAUCUUGUAGUAACUACGCCAGAUGUGUCAAUCAGAUUUUGCAAAGCUUGAAUAGUAAUAUGCAGUUGUGGCUGAGAGUGCCUCUUGAGAAAGUAGACAUUGAUGAUACAAACGCCAUGCUGAAUGAUGCUGAACAUAUGGGCAGAGAACAUGUGGUCGACAGCUGGGAAUGGUGGAACUCAUUCCGUCUCCUAUGUGAACAUCAUAGUCAGUUGUCCGUCGCUCUUGAUAUAUUUGGUUCAUUGCCAUCAAUUCCCUCUAUUGGUCGGUGGUUCGGGGAGCCUGUGAGAGCAGCUAUUUUACAUACCAAUUCAUUCCUCACUAAUUCAAGAGGGUACCCUUGUCUGUCAAAGCGUCACCAGAGGUUGAUUACCAGCUUCUUUGACCAUUCUGUCCAGAUUGUCUUGUCUGGAAGGCUGCUUCAUAAUAUUUCUGCUGAAAGCUCUGGAUGUGUGUUAAUUAAUGGCAGUGAAAAUCAUGUCGAAGGUGUAAUCAGGCAUCCGAUGCGACCAUACUUGGAGUAUGUUGCAUUUCUUUAUCGAAGAAUGGAUCCACUUCCUGAGCAGGAACAAUUUGAGAUUGGUUACAGAGAUUUCCUGCAAUCACCUCUGCAGCCUUUGAUGGAUAAUCUUGAAGCUCAAACCUAUGAAACCUUUGAGAAGGACACAGUUAAAUACAGCCAGUAUGAAAUGGCAGUGUACAAAGCACUGCUUGAUAGAGUUCCUGAUGAAAAUGCUUCCACAAUGACAACUGUAUUAAUGGUUGUGGGUGCAGGGCGAGGUCCUCUUGUUAGAGCAUCAUUACAGGCAGCUGAAGAAGCUGGGCGAAAAUUGAGGGUUUAUGCUGUGGAAAAAAAUCCCAAUGCCGUUGUGACUCUCCAUAGUUUAAUCAAACUUGAGGGUUGGGAGACAAUUGUGACUGUAGUUGCCUGCGACAUGAGGUCUUGGAAUGCUCCAGAGAAAGCUGAUAUCCUGGUGAGUGAGUUGCUGGGAUCUUUUGGUGACAAUGAACUGUCUCCAGAGUGCCUUGAUGGAGCACAAAGAUUCCUCAAAGAAGACGGCAUUUCAAUUCCUUCAUCGUAUACAAGUUUUCUUCAGCCUGUGACAGCAACAAAGUUGUACAAUGACGUUAAAUCAUACAAAGAUUUGUCGCACUUUGAGACAGCUUAUGUUGUGAAAUUGCACAAGGUCGCCAGGCUUACUCCUUCUCAACCAGUUUUCACAUUUAAUCAUCCAAAUUGUUCGUCUAAAAACAGCAAUAAUAGGUACAAGAAAUUGCGGUUUGACAUAUCCACUGAGACAGGUUCUGCAUUAGUUCAUGGAUUUGCUGGCUACUUUGAUGCUACACUUUAUAAGGAUGUUCAUCUGGGUAUUGAACCCACAAUGGCAACACCAAACAUGUUUAGCUGGUUUGCAAUUUUCUUCCCAUUGCGCAUGCCCGUAUAUGUGCCAUCAGGCUCUCUACUCGAGGUUAAUUUCUGGCGUUGCUGUGAUGCGAGCAAGGUCUGGUACGAGUGGUGUGUUUCUGCUCCAACACCAACACCUUUGCACAACAGCAAUGGGCGGUCGUAUUGGGUUGGCUUAUGAGUCGCGCUUGAUUCGAGUGUUGGUUAGUACAGAUCUGAAAUUGAUGAAGACCGCUGAUGAGGAAGCUUCUUGUACCCCCACAAGCAGACAAGAGGAGGGGCCGUGCGUUCUGUAUGUUAUUUGGUGUAAAUUAUUUGUUCUCCUUGCUGGAAUUAUAGUGGACGUUUGGAAGUGGGAAAUUGGUAGGCGAAAGACUGAGGGGUUCGGAAACAAAUUGGAAAAGCUUUUCACGUCCGAGGAACAGGCACGCUGCUAGGUAAAAUUUUAAAGGUUCCAUGUUUUUGGAAGUUGUGUAGUACUGUCGUAGUGUUUCAUAUUCUAGUCAUUUCCCUACGUGGAUAAAUUAAUUGAAUUUUGGACGCUUCACCCUUCCUGUACCACCAAAAAGGCUAUAUAAAAACUUCCUGGUAUUUCAAAGCA